AUGGACCGGGUGGGUGGUGAUGGGAUGGCGGGUACCGACUAUGCUGGAGAUUUGAGGUAUCGCAGCACGCGUGCCGUGAUCCAGGUUGAUCGCGGUGCUGAAGGGGGGGGAAAGGGACGGGAGCUGGCUGCUGGCUUACUGGAAUGGCAGGAACCAAGCCGGGCACUGCUGGCUGUGCUGCUGCACAAACUCGAGGGUGUGCAGGGGGGCGUGCGGUACUCUUUUGCAGUGACCAAGGUGGUGAGCGUCAACCCCUUUUUACCUCUUCACCACCAACCCAUGGCACCAACGGACGACAAUUCACGAGGCCCUGCAGGUGAGUCAAGGCCUAGCUGGCACAAGUGCGCACUAUUCGUACUGGACCAGUGGACCUCAUUUUGUGCACACGCAGGCGGCAUGGCUCAACGUGUGUGGUACGACGACUGUGGUGCUUCUCCGGGCCGUCAUCUUAUUACUCCCACCACACCUGAAGACCGCCGUCAAGUACCUUUCCUAUGCCAGCUAGCCCCGACCGGUACGAGUUAUGCGUACAAGACAACGCACAUGGACGGUGGGUUGUCGUCCGAGAGACAUCUCUUCUCCGCUGUGUACGAAGUGCAACUCAGCCCAACCCUGACCAGAGCUGGGACGAAAUCGUUGGAUUGGUCGAGCCAAACUCUCGACUCUCACCGGAAAAACGCUAACAUUGACGACGGUGCAUGUGGCAUGGCAUGGUUUGGCUCUUUGAUGAGUGUUGACCAUGUGUUGCCCCUGUCCGCCAUCACUGCCGGACGUCCAUGGUGGGACGGGUGGAAAAAGUCGCGAAAUGACAUUGCUGUUCUGGUCAUGGUCUACCGUCGAGGUCCCUCUGCCAUGGCGUGCUCACUCUGGUGGUUGUUGGUCGGAACGGUCAGCUCUCAGGUCGGCGGCCAGGGGAACGAGUCACUACUACGUAGCCACUCCAAGAUCGGUAUCCGUACUUGGUACACCAUGCCUGAUCACUGGCCAACGCCCCGUUGCUGGCAAGCAAACUCGUCAGACGGUGGUUUAUUGCCCGCUUUGCAUUGCUUGGAGCUUGUAGCUGACUGCUGGCUGCUGGCUGUGGGCGGCACUGGUGGUCAAGUUGAGGUGCGGACGAGGUGGAAGAUCCUGAGCAGCCGCUGCCCGCAGGAAAUGGAGCAGAGGGGCUUAGCUUUUUCGGGGCACGGGCUAAAAAUGGGCAGAAAUGGCUGCCGCCGAGUGGCCUUUCCUGCAAAGAAGCAAGUCUCUUCCCAAGGUCCUCCCAUCGGCCGUCCUGUCAACUUUGGCCCUGUUCAUCCUCUGCCGGGGCUUGUUGCUCCUUCAAGGCCGUGCCAGGAGGACCGGAGAACAGGGGCAAAUCUGACAAGCGAGCGCAGAUCAUUGGCCGAAUCUCGGUGCCUGGUCACUGGUGGGCGAGUGGGCUAUUCCCUCCCUGGCCUCAACUUCCAAGGCACCUUCCCUUCCGUGGCCUUGCACCUCGCUGCUGUAGGCACACAUACAUACGCAAAAAAGGGUGCACAAACCUGCACAGAUGCAUGCACACAUCGGCCCUCUCACUGUCCAACGAGCACACAAACACACCACACAUUGACUGGACAAGAGUCAGAACUCAGAACCACCAACGGCGCAGAUUCAUCAUCCCCCUCCAAUUCCUUGCACAAACAUGGAUCCGUGGAGCUAGCUGAAGACAUGGACAGUCCAGACCGAGUCCUGCCGUUGAUCGUUGCCCUCGAGAGACCCGAGGUUGCAGAUGGUCCCCAGGUCCAUGGCAACAUUGGACACACAGACGACUUGACAAACGAACACUUUUCGACCAGUCUCCUUGGCCGUGACUGUACGAAUAGAAUCAAGAGUUGUCAACCUCGACGCUCUUGCGGGGCGGAGAGAGGAUACUUGACUCUCUCGUCAGACUCUUUCGAUGUCUCAUCAGAGUUGAAUGCCAAUGAUACUGCCUUUGGACCACCCGCCAUGCCAGUGCCUCUCGAUUGGCAUCUCAACGGCGGGUCGGCGACACGCGCGUUGUGCUCAGCACGCUCGCUUCCAACAAGCGGCGGUUGUUGGUCCCUCGAUCGGACCACAGGACGAUGCGGUACAAAGCGGACACUCGACCACAGGCCCCAAACCCGCUUGCUCGAGGGCUACCGUUGGAGCGACCUGAUCUCGUCCCUUUCCCGUCGGCGCCAUCCCUGCUCGUUUUCCACCUUCCCCAUGCGAUGGUGUGGAUGGCUGAGAACACGCGCCCAAUGGGAGCCGACGCCGGUGUCGUUAGCUUGUCUCGAAUAUCCCGUUGAUGGACGUGGGCUUGAGCCUUUAAUCAUAACCGCACCAACGCACGCCACAGACGAGAUUUGGAGCUCUAGCGAGACGACGAUGCACAACGGCCCAGGCUCUGGGGAUCUCAAUACCAUUAACACUCAGUACCGAUUUCGUGCACAAUCCGAAAGCAUUUCCGAUGCCUCUGUUCCCGUACAGAUCGCACGAUGGCGCAGCGGCACAGGGCUGGCGGAAACCUGCCAGUGCUGUUAUUGUCCCAGUACCGGCAAACCGGCCGCCGUCAAUAUCUCUGCGACUCGUCAAGUGGGGAUGGUCUCCGCCGAUCAGCCAGUCACCCAAAGCUCUGAUCAGAACGCGUCGGGGGGGAACAGUGGUCCAGCGAAUGGUCUCGCCCUUCCUGAUCAGCCGUCGAGGAUCACCCUGCAACGUCCAUUGAUGUUACACGCGAGUUGCACACGCGACUCCUUGCUCGAGGCCACAGGAACACUCAGACGCCAGCCUUGGGACAACUUAAUCGGCACAAAAGAGCCCCAUCAUCUGUUCGGGACGGAGUACUGGCUUUCGAAGGGCUUCGAUGACCGUGACACGAAUCCUCUAUCCGAGUCUGUGGAACUCAAGCCCAGGGCUCGGAAUCAAUGGCCAAGGCCCAUGUCCGGUUCUCGUCCUCGUCCGGUGUCGUCACAGAUGCAGGACAAUGUUGGUGGCCCCCAACUUCCAAGUCUUCUCUCAUCGGAUCCUGAAGCAAUGCCCUGAGAGAGAGGAGGGAAUGAGGGUCGGUGGAACAGCGCUCCUGAAUACACGACAGAUUGAGGCUGUGCAGCAAUCGCACGCCUUGUCUCUCUGCCCUUCUGAAGUUCUGCCACAGCCAUGUCCGUCCCCAAUCCUCGCCUAUCCGCAAGUUGCCGUCCGGCCCGUCUCGUGUUGUGUCGCGUCACAUUGUCGAGCUUGAAGCGGCGGUGUCAUCAACGUGCCAGAGUGUCUGUUCCAUCGGCACCCGUCACUCUAGAAGCCUUGGGCUGGAGGCAAGCAUCGAGAAGUCAUAUCAAUCGCUGACGGCACGGUAUCCGUACGCGGUACUCCUCUGAAGCUGCCGCUCCGGCGCCGAGUCCCGGUGGCGGUU